AUGUCUAAAAAAGAGUCGCAACAAAUGACGUCUGAUCCUAGGGUAUUUCUUUCAAUUUCAAAAUCCCUUGAAUUAAGGAAAAAGAGGUCUUCUGUUGGGUCACCUUCUUCUCUUCGAACAAUGACAGUACUUUCACCUUCAUUUACACCUUCCACACCCCGAGCUGAAAGUCCACAACUACCAGAACAAAAAGAUGAUUUUAAGAGACUUCAGUCAUUUAUUGAAGUACUUUCUCCAAAAUUAAUUAAUAAAAAAAAAUUACAAAAAUUAAGUUGGAAUGGGAUUGCAUGGCAAUUAAGACAUAAAGCAUGGAAAAUUUUAUUAGGACAAGUCCCAUUAGACCAAGACAAAGUUGAAGAUGUAUUAAAACAAAAAAGAACAAGCUAUAUUGAAAUGAGAAAAAAGAUGCUAAAUGACUUAAGAAUAAAUGAAGAGAAUCAUUAUAUCCAAAUUAAAAAAGAUUUAAUCAGGUCUAAUAAAGAAAUUCCUUUUUUAUUUAAUUCAAAAAUACAGACAAUGAUGGAAAAUGUAUUAUUAGUAUGGGCACUUAGACAUCCAGCAUGUGGAUAUGUUCAAGGGAUGAAUGAUCUUUUAGUACCAUUAAUAUAUGUGUAUAUGACAGAAUACACAUAUGAUCAAGAAUUAACAGAUCAACGUAUAAAUAUAAUACCAUCUAUGUUAUUAGAAUGUUGUGAAGCUGAUAGUUAUUGGGGAUUAGAUUCUAUUAUGUCACGUAUUCAAGAUAAUUAUACAUUAGAACAACAAGGAAUUAUGAAUAAAGUUCAAAGAAUGGAACAAAUUGUUAAAGUUGCUACUCCUGAACUAUACCAACAUCUUUCUGAUAAUGGAGUUAUGUUUCUUCAAUUUGCCUUUAGAUGGAUUAAUUGUUGUUUAUUAAGAGAAUUUAAAUUAGGUACAGCUUUAAGAUUAUGGGAUUCUUAUAUGUCAGUUGAAGAUGGUACUGGAUUUAGUGAGUUAAAUAUGUAUUGUUCUGCAAGUCUCUUAACUUAUUAUUCAAAAGAUCUUUUAAGUAUGGAUUUCUCUGAAAUAAUUCAAUUUCUUCAGCAUUUACCUACUGAUACUUGGGGUGAUGAAGAAAUCCAAGUUCUUGUUACUCAGGCUUUUAUUUAUGAAAAUACUUCUGAUUUUGCUUCAUGUCAAUGA